GACAGAAUUAGCCUGAGGCAGGACGGGGCUGUGUGUGAGCUAGAGAUCCGUGGCCUGACCGUGGCAGACGCCGGGGAGUACUUGUGUGUGUGCGGGCAGGAGAGGACCUCAGCCACACUGACCGUCAGGGCCCUGCCUGCCAAGUUCACCAAGGGUCUGAGAAAGGAAGAGGCCACAGAGGGGGCCACGGCCACACUGCGCUGUGAGCUGAGCAAGGCGGCCCCCGUGGAGUGGAGAAAGGGCUCUGACACCCUCAGAGCUGGGGACAGAGUCACCCUGAGACAGGACGGGGCCAUGUGUGAGCUGGAGAUCCAUGGCCUGGCCAUGGCGGAUGCCGGGGAGUACUCAUGUAUGUGCGGACAGGAGAGGACCUCGGCCACGCUGACCGUCAGGGCCCUGCCUGCCAAGUUCACCAAGGGUCUGAGGAAGGAAGAGGCCACAGAGGGGGCCACGGCCACACUGCGCUGUGAGCUGAGCAAGGCGGUCCCCGUGGAGUGGAGGAAGGGCUCUGACACCCUCAGAGCUGGGGACAGAGUCAGCCUGAGACAAGACGGGGCCGUAUGUGAGCUGGAGAUUCGUGGCCUAGCCCUGACAGACGCCGGGGAGUACUCGUGUGUGUGCGGGAAGGAGAGGACCUCGGCCACGCUGACCGUCAGGGGUAAAGACCGUGUUUGGCCAAGCCAAGCUGUGUUUCGGCGUCCAGUUAUUGAGUUCAUGACAUCUGUCUGCGUUCCUUCCAUGUUCUCUCCCAUCUCAGUGUCACUUUCUCCCCACAACUCCCUGGAAUUCCUUCCACUUUCUUGUUGUGUGAACCACAGGAAACUGGAAUCUAAGCCACUUCCCACCCCUUGUGGCACUGCUGGUUCUGUCCUGUUGUCCUGUUGGGUUCUGUGUCUUUUCCUCUGUCCCGUCAUGUCCUGUUUCUGAACAAUCUCCAGAGAAUAUCGUGUUCUC